AUGGAAGAGGCAAUCAUGAGACUUGAAGGUGCUGAGCACAGAGAAACAAACAACCAUUCCCUUAAGAGAAAGCCAUCAAGAACUUCCUCCACCGCUCCUAGCACUCCCGGAGGUGUAACCAUCGCAAAAGCUGCCCCUGGCGGCGGCGCUUCCGGUGGCACAACCAUAAGGUACCGAGGCGUUAGGCGUAGACCAUGGGGUCGUUACGCUGCUGAAAUACGCGAUCCUAUGUCGAAGGAGAGACGAUGGCUCGGUACAUUUGACACAGCCGAGGAAGCAGCUUGCGCAUACGACUGUGCCGCUCGAGCCAUGCGUGGUCUUAAAGCUCGAACCAACUUCGUCUACCCACUUGAAUCUUACCACCACAGUCUUUUCUCGCCUCCUCCGAUGAACAUGUUCCUUCUACGCGACGUCUUAAACUCUCAGCCUCUUUCUCCUUUCCCUCUUUCUCCUUUCGCUUACCCACACUACAAUAUUUCUAACGUAAGCGGCCUCGUUAACGAUCCCUUCACUAACGCUAACAAUGUUUUCGAAGAUCAUUCGCCUAAAGCAAAGAGGUCAAGUACCAUCGACAACGACAACAUGAUAUCAAUCCUCGAACCAGAACCAGCUGGGUCUGGUCUUCUUCAAGAAGUUGUUCAAGGGUUCUUGCCAAAACCUAUCUCUCAACAAACUUCAACCCCUCCUCAGACCAACCAACCGUGUGUUGGUGUUUUCCCGACAAUGCUAGAGAACGGUUUUCAGACAGAUCUUGGUGUACCGAAUCACAUCAAUGUGGAAGGAAACGGAUUCAAUCAGGUGAAGUAUCAUGGAGAGUUGGCUUGGGCCGAUCAUGCGAGUGGGUUUGAUGCAGCUAAGAUGCAUCAGAAUGGAAAUGGCGGAAUGUUUUAUCAGUAUUGCUUUCAUGAUUAUUAG